GGACACGAUAAUGAGCGAAAAAGCGUGAGCGCGAGUGUGAUUUUAUGUGAGGGCUUUGAUGGAAAGCAUUACAUAGGUUCUAAGGUUCCGUAGUGUAUAAGAUACUAGGAUAUUUUGGUUUUUGUCUUCUUUGUUCUGAGUGUGUGCCCGAAAGCGAGAGCGUGUGAGAGUGUGCGUGUGUAUGUGUGUGAGUGUGAUUUUUAUUAAACAAGCAAGAGGUUUUGUGCAGAACCAUCUGCGUUAACGAGACGGUAGACAACACACUUGCCGCCGAAUGACUCCUAAACUACUAGUAGCAAGGAGAAGCAACAUACAGUGUAAUAUAGUCGGAUCUAAACAACAAAUGACGCAAAAUAUAAACUUAAACUGAUUAUAUCAAUUCAUCAAUAUACCCGCUGGAAUUUGUAGUGCUGCGAUGGUUGUGUGUAUGGCAUUGUUUGGUUUGGUGGACAGAGCACCAGGCUGAAGAUGAUGGGCUCAGUGCGCCGGUGCUCAUCAACAUCAAUCGUGCGCCACUGACGCAAAGCACCCGAUAAUGCACCGCUAAAGAGUGAUACGUAAGGUGAAGAGUAGUAAACGAAGAGAGUGAAAGGCGAUGAAGAAUGUGUCACUCAAGAGGUGUAAGCACAAGAGGCGAUCGGAAUCCGUUAAACCGUUUUGCGAGCAACCGAGUUCGCCUAUGUAAUGCAGUGAGAAACACAAAAUUCGAAAUGAAAGAUAGCAGCAACGAAGCACCGGAAGAGUGGGUAAACCAAGGGAUGGUUAAGUCUAUGGCCUGUUGCAUCGCCAACUCAUAACUUCUUCGCGAUGCUGCAUCAUUUGCCUUGAGCUACUGAUACACCAGACCGAAUGUAGUGCCGUAGUUGCCCAGGACCAGGACCAAACGUGACUUCAUUAUCCGAUUGUCCAUGAUAAGACCCGCUCGAGCUGUACCCCGCUACAGAUAAAGGGCAAGGUUGGUCCACCAAUUACAGAGAACUGAAGUGAAUUUCCUCGACUGUCUCAGCACUGGAUAGAUAUGACAGAAGAUAAUUAAACAACAAAUCGUGGGAAAUCACUAACGCCGAACCGGGCGGUAAAGAAUGGAAACUAAAUUGAAAUCAUAAACUCACGGGGGGAAUCCAGGGUUGCAGAAGAUAAACCGUUAUAGAACCUAGACAAAACAUAUAGAGGAGAGAGAAGUGCGAAGGGCUGAAGGUAAAAUAUAACAAAAAAUAAAAAAUAAAAUAAAAAAAUAGACAAGAUUUUGACCAUAAAUAAUGAGCGAGGAUGAAGUGACGAUGCUGGAGCGAUGAUUUGAAUAAAGGACAUAAGAAG